AUGGCUCCUCCUAUUCUCCCGUUUAGGGAUAUCAACUUGCAUGCAUCACCCUCCCACUAUGCGUUUACUUCACCCUCAUCUCGCCAGGCACCCACUUUGGUAGUCGACCGUCCGACUGGUGACUUGCGCUUGAAUGAUGGACCACUUUCAGGUGCCAAGCGGAUUUCUAGUAUCGCUGGAAUCCUGGGAAUUCUGAAAUUGAAGCUUGACAAAUACAUCAUUGUUAUCACCAAAGCACAACCCAUGGGACGGCUGCGCGGCCACAUGGUCUACAAAGUUGCGGGAACCGAGUUCCUUCCCAUGCGCGAACGACCACUCCGUGACACUGACGAAGAUGCCUACCUCGCAUUGGUCAAGGACCAGCUCCGAAGGGGUCCCUUGUACUUCUCCUACUCACUAGAUAUCACCAACAGCUUCCAGCGCCAAUCUCAAACUCCGGCCAAUAUUCCGAUGUGGAAAGGGGCAGACGACCGCUUUUUCUGGAACCGUUUCAUUCAAUCGGACCUCAUCGAUUUCAGUGCAGGAGCAAACGAUACCAGUGGAAUUCGCUAUGGUCCCCAGCCAGGGGUUGAUCCCUACAUCUUGCCAGUGAUGUUUGGCAUGAUGCGCAUUACUCCUGCGAAGGUUAAGUCGACAUCGUUCACAUUCGCGCUUAUCACCCGCCGUUCCAGACACAGAGCCGGAACGAGAUACUUCUCCCGCGGAAUCGACGAACAAGGCCAUGUGUCAAACUACAACGAGACUGAACAGAUUGUGAUCUUGAACGACUCGAAGGGUGGGCUUUCUGGGUUUGGAGGAGGUCAAUCGAUGACAAGCGGCAAAGCUGGUCAAGACCUUCAGGUCUAUUCUUUCGUCCAAACUCGAGGCAGCGUACCCGUGUUUUGGGCCGAAGUCAAUGACCUGAAAUAUACGCCGAAGCUUCAGGUCCGUGGUGUCGAGACUGCGGUCGAAGCAGCGCGCAAGCAUUUCUCUGAACAGAUCCAAAUUUAUGGAGAAAACUACAUGGUCAACCUCGUGAACCAAAAGGGCAGGGAAGAACGCGUCAAGCGCGCGUACGAGGAUCUGGUUCGCAAAUUAGUUUCUUCCACAUCCGAAAGCACCGAGGCUGAUGAAAUGACCUCUGAAAAGAUGCAUGUCCUGGAACCCGGUUCCAAGCAGAAAGAAAUGGAUAGGUUGCACUAUGUAUACUUUGAUUUCCACAAUGAGACCAAGGGUCUCAAGUGGCAUCGUGCAGAGUUACUGAUGGGCCGUUUGAACGACGGACUUACCCAAGGUGGUUACUUCCGAGGGGUUGAGAACCCUGGCGCGCCUGGUGGCCAGCUGGAUACUCGCUCCACACAAACCAGUGUUGUCCGAACGAAUUGUAUGGAUUGUUUGGAUCGCACCAACGUGGUGCAAAGUAUGCUCGGUCGCUGGGCAAUUACACGGCAGCUCAUUGAUGCAGGUGUUCUCCGCACUGGAGAAAAUGCCGUUGAUGACGCAGAAUUUGCAGACUUAUUCCGGAAUAUUUGGGCAGACAACGCAGAUGUGGUCUCCAAGUCUUACUCUGGCACCGGUGCCUUGAAGACAGAUUUCACCCGCACUGGCAAGCGUACCCGUGCAGGUAUGCUGCAAGAUUUGAACAAUUCCAUCACUCGAUAUGUACGCAACAACUUCAUGGACGGCCCUCGCCAGGAUGGCUUCGAUGUCUUUCUAGGCACUUACCUUCCCGCGGACUCCACGUUUGCCAACAUCCAACUGUUCCUCGACCAGCGCCCACUUGUCAUUCAAGCAGUUCCUUAUGUUCUUGCUGCCAGUGUGUUCAUGGUCCUGGUUGCUCUUUUCACAAGACGUAUGCCUGAUGCUGCUGUCUGGCCCCUUCGCCUGUUCAUGCUCUUCUGGGUUCUGGUGGCGGUUUACUGCUUUCGCUUUGUGCAUGGACAUGGCAUGCUCUAUGUCAACUGGCCCAAGCUCAAUACGCCUGCUUUUGGCGCCGAAGGGUAUCAGGAUGCCCUCAUCAAAGCAAGGUCCGAUCCGAUCGUCGGUAAGUGGCUUCCUGCCCGACGACACCAGCGCGGAAUCAGCAAUGCCCGUCUUGUAUUCUUGGAGGAAGGAAAGACCAGGAUUGAGUAA